AUGGCACAUUUUGUCCCCCGCCGUUCAUUUGCCGUUCCGUCGUCCAUCCCAAAGUCCUACUUCCUGGGCCAUCACCAGGCCGCCGUCAGCAAGCUCAAGACGGUCCUCUCGAGGAUCUCGCUCGUCAUCGAGUGCCGCGACUAUCGACUGCCUCUGUCCACCCACAACCCCAUUCUCGAAAAGGCGGUUGCCGGCCGCCCGAAGCUCAUCGUCUAUACGAAGCAUGACCUCGGCGGCGACAGCCCCGGGGCUCGGCAGUUUCUGCACAAGCUGCACGGCCGCGGCGCCUUGUUCUGGGACAAGAACCAUCCGGCAUCCACGGCGUCUCUGCUCAAGCGGCUGAAAGAGACGGCCCAAGAUGUCGACUCCAUCACCGGCCUGUGUGCGCUGAUAGUGGGCAUGCCAAACGUCGGUAAGAGUACACUGCUAAACGCCCUCAGAAGCUCCGGGACGACGGGGCGGACGAACAAGGUAGCCAAGACGGGCGACCAAGCGGGCGUCACCCGCAAGAUUGGGACAAGCGUGCGCGUGGUCGAGCCGGAAGAGAGAGGCGGUGUCGGCGCCGGCGUCUACGUGCUCGAUUCGCCAGGAGUCUUUGUCCCGUACGUUGAAGACGGCGAGACCAUGAUGAAGAUUUCUCUUGUGCAGGGCAUCAAGAAGGGGCUCAUUGCAGACGAGAUCUUGGCAGACUACCUGCUCUACAAGAUGAACCUCUGGGAUCCGCAAAUCUACAAUCGGUACUGCGAUCCCACAAACGACAUUGAGGAGUUCCUGGCCGCUGUGGCCAAGCGGGAUGGCAAGCUAAAGGCCGGCGGCGUCCCAGACAUGGGAGAGUCGGCGGCCAGAGUCUUGUCCGAGUGGCGGAAAGGUAAACUCGGCAGAUAUGUGCUGGAUGACCUCUCUGAAGACGCCCUUCGACGCCAUGAAAUGACGGCAGCAAACCCUCCGCUGAGUCUGAACCAGGGCAAGAAGGCAUGGAAAGAGCAACGGAAAGAGGACAGCGCAUAG